AGUAAAAAUAGGGUACUUGCUGGCUGGCGGCUUGUGUGUUGCGCUGGGCAUAAUAAACACCUUGGCGGUCACUGAACACUCUAAUUGGUUGCCACCGCAGCGAAACCCGGUAGAGGAGACUGAAGAUGGCCCUCAGCUAACCUGCGCCUUGUGUUGCUCUGUUGUCGGUUGGAUUUACAAAAACGACGGCUAGCUGGGUGCUAACGCUAGCACGCUAGCUCUGCCAGGAGCACAUAGCAACUGCUGCUAGCUAACGUCACUGGACUGGUACUCUUUACUCCCAAAGGCUGCCGCUAUGUUCGUCCAGGAGGAGAAGAUAUUCGCCGGGAAAGUGUUGAAAAUACACAUCUGCACCAUGGACGGCACGGAGUGGUUAGAGGAGGUCACUGAAGACACCACUGUUGAGAAACUGAAGGAGAAGUGCUUGAAACAUUAUGUACACGGGAGUCUAGAAGACCCCAAAACACUUACCCACCAUAAACUCAUACACGCUGCUACAGAACGAGUCCUCACAGACACCAAAACUGUCGCUGAUGAGAAUCUCAAAGAUAAAGAAGUUUUGCUGCUCAUAAAGAAAAGACCGCCGCCGACCCCUCCAAAGAUGGCAGACGUUAGUUCAGAUGAAAAGAAGAAACAAGACAACAAGGCUCCAGACAAAGAUGCAAUUCUAAAAGCCACCGGCAACCUGUCCACACGCCACACUGACCGCACUGUGACCCAGCACAACAUCCGAGAUUUUCAGACGGAGCUCAGAAAGAUCCUGGUUUCUCUCAUUGAAGUCGCCCAGAAGCUUCUAGCCUUGAACCCUGAUGCUGUGGAACUUUUCAAAAAGGCCAAUGCGAUGUUGGAUGAGGAUGAAGAGGACCGGGUGGAUGAAACAGCCCUUCAGCAGCUCACUGAGAUGGGUUUCCCUGAGAGCAGAGCCAUCAAAGCUCUCAGAUUGAACCACAUGUCCGUCACACAGGCGAUGGAGUGGCUUAUCGAGCACGUAGACGACCCCACUGUAGACGCACCCAUACCUGGCCAGGACUCGUCCGGGGCAGCAGGGGCCACGGCUGCCGCCACACCGGGCCCCUCGGCGCCAGCCUCCGGUCCGAACCUUCUCCGCAGCCUCUCCAGCCAGUCGAGCACAGAAGCGAGCAUCCGGCAGGACGAGCUCACAGAGAUCUUCAAGAGGAUCCGCAGGAAACGGGAGUUCAGACCGGACUCAAGAGCUGUCAUUGCGUUGAUGGAGAUGGGGUUCGAUGAGAAGGAAGUGGUCGAUGCUCUGAGGGUGAAUAACAACCAACAGGAUGCUGCGUGUGAGUGGCUGCUGGGAGACAGGAAACCUUCCCCAGAAGAUCUGGACAAAGGCAUCGACACCAACAGCCCGCUGUUCCAAGCCAUUCUGGAGAAUCCAGUGGUCCAGUUGGGUCUAACCAAUCCCAAGACCCUGCUAGCGUUUGAAGACAUGCUGGAGAAUCCUCUGAACAGCACCCAGUGGAUGAACGACCCCGAGACAGGCCCGGUCAUGCUCCAAAUAUCCAGAAUCUUCCAGACCCUCAAUCGAACAUAGAGCUUCCUGGUGACCCCCUGUGUGACAGGCAGCUUGUGUGUGUGUGUGUGCGCGUGUGUGUGUGUAUGUGUGUGUGUGUGUGUGGAUGCGUGUGUAUCUGAGUGUGGCAGAGACACAAGUAUUGUUUUUGCCUUGUAAAGACAAUGCUGGAGGAGUAUGAAUUAAGAUGUUACACAUAUAACUAUUUAUAACAGUACAGUAAAAACACUUAUACAAAACAAAUGUUGACAUAAACAUUAUUACAGUAAUAAUAAUUAAAAAAAGAGAUUUAGUAUGUUGUUUUUACAUUUUAACGAGGACAGUUUAUAGUCGUGACAGACAUGAUUUAUUUUAUAUAAUUUCUCCAUGUGCAGAAAUGACAUCAGACAUCAAUUUAAUGUUUACACUUCAAAGAGAGCUGUUUUUGUAUGUUUUGCAAUAUUUAAAUAUCAAUUACAGUUUUGUCUGUCUCUUUAAAUUGUUACAUUUCAUCUGUGGUGAACGUGUGGAAAACUUCUGUCAGCUUCGCAUUCUGUUUCUUCUCCCCCUUUGUCUUUAUUAUUUUUUAUUUUUAAAUCAAAGUAACGGCUUGUAAUUGAGAGGCCGAAGGUCAAAGUCGAGCGUUUGUUCAGCUCGUUGAAAACGGGUUUUCGGACACGUGAACUCUCUCUCCACUCGCGCCCACAAGGUCACCGUCAGCUGGCCGCCUCUCACUUCAAAGCCAAUAUUUGUCCUUGAGCUUCUUCAAGAGUAUUUAUUUGACUUUCUUGCCUUUUUUUUUUUUUUUUUUUUUUAAGACGAAAGCUGUACACUAAACUGUUUGUGUCUUAGUCAUGUUUUUACAAGAAAAACGAUAUAUUAGGCCUGUGUGUUUAUUGUCAAUGUGCUCUUGAAUGUCAUAUUUUAAUGUCGCGCUCAUCUAGCACUUGUUCACCUCUACGAAUAUCACUCACUGCAGCACAUCCGAAGUUAAGAGAAGGGUUCACGUCUCAAAUGGCUGUAGCGGGACGGUAAAUGAAGCUGAGCCGAAUCAGAAGGGGUUUGCCUUUUUUAACCUUUUGAAUUUGAAAGAUGAAGAUGCGCGCUCGCUUCUUGCUGCGAAGGUGCGAGCAUCUUCAUGCACACAAGGAAAAAACAGAAUUUGAGACACAACCAGUGUCUUUUGGUUUACUUCUUCUUUUUUGUCUUUUGAGAGCAGUGAACAUUUAUGCUGUCAAACCAAACCAAAAUGUCACUAUAUAAUCUGCCUUGUCAUUCGUUUUUACCCAUUGAAAACCCCCCCCCUGUAUUUCUGUGCAAUAGCGAGGACUUCAGCCGACCUGUAAGGAAAUCUGUUUGUUUUGCGUGUUACAGAUGUGUGAACUGCAAUGGGUAGCGUGUUCUACAAUAUUAGCCUUUGCAUCGAGUACUUCAAAUCUCCAGCUACAAGAAGGCGGGUUCAGCUGCACCUGGUUGGACCGACGGUUAGAAACAAUGUGGAGGGUGGUGUGUGUUUGGCCAAGCUUUUUGAGUGUUUUUAUUCAAUAUUUAAAAUGUGGUAUUGACGUGACUUUCUGCUCAGGGAGGCUGAGAUUGUUUUUCUAAAGCUGUCGUCGGGGCAAAACCUCUGCUCACCCUCUUCUAGUUUGGCAUUUGAAAAUGGCUUUAACUAAUCUGUCUAGAACUUCAUGAAUAAGAGCACUACAGGACAUGGUUUCGUAAUUGCAAUAUUUGAAAAAUAUUUAAAUGUUUUUAGAGAGGUGUCUGUUUGAACUAUGUAUUAUUACAUUAUUUAUAUCGAAGCCAAACUAGUAACUUGUUCUUAUUUAUAAACAUUUUUAGCAAACCUCGGAGCUAAUCUACAAAAUGUGAAAAAAAAAAAAGGAUUAAAUGAUUCAAAUGUUGUUUUUACAAACCAUUGUAAAAUGUGCUUCUGGACUUUUAGGGUCUCGGUGUGUUUGAAAGUAGUGCAACACGCUAGAAUGAAAGGAUUUGUUCACUCGUCUCCGGAAGCCUCUCUGCACACGUUCUGCACUGCGGUGGACCUCCAUCACGGCCACAGUGACCACAGCUGUCUCACCACCUCCAUGCUUUGCAUCAGUAUGCAUAUAUACGGCUCUCCCGUAGUAUCUCCAAACAAACAUUUGGGAGAAUGUCCGUUUUACAGAAGAAGAAAUACCGGAAAUGCAGACACCUUUGUGAACGGAGAAGAACACGAUGAACUGUAUUGCUGAGGGACACAGGGAUGGUUUGUGUCACAGGGUUUGGUUUUCACUCAGCUUUCAUACAGGACUGUCCCCGAUUAACAACCUAUGCAAUAUACUCUCACCGUCUGUUCAUUCAGACAGCCUCACGGCUACUGGCAUUUAAAUCACUAUUGCAUUAAAGGUAUUUUUUGUGGCUGUAUUUUUUGGAUUGUUUUUUUUUUUUUUUUUCUUUAAGCGAAUGGCAAGAAAACUCAGCCAUGUUUAGAAGUGAGCGGAUGAUCGACUGGACUGAUCACUUGGCACCUGUUCGGUAAAUAGUUGACUUGUCCCUCUCUGAAUGUCAGGCGGAUGGAGAAUGUGUUGUGCCGGGUGUACUAAUGAGUGAGGAGGAUGUUUUGGAACCCACGAAGGCUUACAGAAGACAUUUUGACAUGUCACAGUCAGAGAAGCACAGUUGUAAAUUGUGUCACUGGGAUGCAGGUUUGCAUUUUUAUAUAGUUUCAUCAGCCUUCAGGAGAGUCAUGCUCAGUAAAUAUGAAAGUCCAUACAACCGCCUGAAAAGAUCAAGUGCUGUCAGGUGAUGACUCGAUUUAGUUUUAUUUCAACCAUGUCUUGAAGAUUGUUCACUCUAAUGCGGUUUGUACUUCCAAAAUAUAACUUUCUAAGCAUGGUGUCCUCUUAUCAGGUUGAGGUUAAAUUGUCUUGGAGUUGCGGCUCAUGUUGCAAAAGAUAAUUUGGUCUCUGUCGACUAUUUUCUUACAGAGCCAAUAUAAUAAAUCACAAACUUACAUUAUAUACAGCAUUCGACACCCUCUGUCCUUAUAGACCCUCGACUCUGAUGAAGAAAACCACCAAAAUCCCCUUGAAUGGAGAAAGAAUGGGAGAAACCUCAGCAACAGAGGAGGGGAUCCUUCUUCCAGGAUGGACAGACAGGAAAUAGUAAAUGUCAUAAAUAAAUGUACAGAAAAAUGAGUUUGAAUGUGGACUGCGGCGGUCUGAAGGCUGGUGGGGGGUUUCAUUUGUGUGUAGCUGAUGUGGAGGGUGCUGUGAGUUUAAAGCAGCGAGUUCCUCGCCAGAUCUGUGUGUUCCUGCUGAAGGUGGUGAGGAGCUUUUGUGCUCUCAUCCAGGCCACUUUCUUGCUGGUUGAGCCUGAGCGCCACGGACGACUUCUGCUUCUCCUCCAGUGUUGCCAUCUGCUGGGUUUAAAGCUUCCUUGAGCUUGACACUUUCUUCUCACAAAAGGUUGAACUGAUCAACUCUCUGCUGCAACUCUGAGAUUGUUGUCUUGUUCUGUUUUAGGGCAUCUUGUCUUGCUCUCUGACUGCUGUUCUUUGAGCCCAUCUACCAUGCACCGGAGCUUAGUGAUGGUAUAAGUCUCUUCUGAGGAUUGCUAGAGGAUCGACUGCAGCCUGCUUUUCUAAAAUCAUCUGAUCAAAGCACUUCUUCUCAUAUUUAAGGGAAUACCCUAAGAAUUCGUCAGCGAUCCGACUCUUUUCCAAAGCCAGAGUCUUUUCAGAGAUCUCUUGGAUCUGGAUCUUUUUUUACAAGCUCUCGAGGACCAAGCCUGCUGCUUCUCGAUGGCCUCCUCGAGUCUGCUGCAAGCUCCUCGGUCGCCCUGAAGCUGCCUAUAAUCAAGCUUCCUCUCAUUUAGAGCAGCUUCAAGUUCACUUUGCAGCCUUUUGCUCUCAGAAGCGAGUUGUUGGUUCUCAUGAGUCAGAUGGUCCAGUUCUUCUGCUUCCUUCAGCUGCUGGGAGACAGCGGCCUCAUAGUCCCUCCAGAGUGAUCCGUUUUUUAGUUUAUUCCUCUUUGAGGUCUGAGGCUCACUGGUCCACUUUCUCCUGCAGUGAGGAGACAAUGUUGUCCUUGGCUUCAAUGAAGGUUCUGGAGAUUGAUGCGCUGGGAACGGAUUUAAUCCUCUUUUUCCAGACUUUUCUCCUGCUGAUCAAUGAGGCGGUCCUUUAGUUCCUUCAUUUCAGCACAAUUCCCCACAUCAUGCUCUUUUUUGUCCUGACAAGAGGACGCCUCAAGAUCCCUCUGGAGAUCACUC